AUGCAGCGGGAUUUGAAUCCACGGUACAUCAUAAAAAGGUGCUGGAGUGGCGUCGGAGAGGACAGUCGGGCUAGGAAAAUGGAGCACGCGCUUAUGGAAAUCUGCGGGGAAGAGACGUCCGGUACUGAGGCAGUUUGUGAACAAGCAUUCAACACUAUUUCUGCUGCGCCCGAAAGUGAGGAUCGGAGAGGUGCCGCCAGAGAGUUCGGAAAACCUUCAGAGGACGUAGGUUUUUCUCUCGUCAAAAAUUUUGAUGGCUCCUCUUCCUCAUCAUCAUCAUCAAAGACAGCAAGCAACGUGACGACACUGAUGCUUCACUGCCGUACAACCAUAAGAGUGAAAAGAGAAAAGGGUGGACGAAGGAGGGUACCUAGCACUGAGGUGCCUACACCUCCAACCGCUCAAGCAAACUGGAAACUGACAGCACGAACGCCACUGACAUCGAUUACCCGCCAUUUGCUACCACAGACGGGGUCACGGGGACCCCAUCCUGGAAGGUAUACAACACCAACAACACCCAAAAUCUUCGUGAUCUCUUUCAAGCCUUUCUGCCAAGUCAUGUGCUGCCCACCUCGCGGUUUGCGCCAUGCUGAAGGAGGCACGGAGAACAACACUCGUCUCCGUAGAUGGCGGCUCCCAAGCACAGACGGGGUCACGGGGACCCCAUCCUGGAAGGUAUACAACACCAACAACACCCAAAAUCUUCGUGAUCUCUUUCAAGCCUUUCUGCCAAGUCAUGUGCUGCCCACCUCGCGGUUUGCGCCAUGCUGA